AUGCCUUUGGACACCGAGAGCCAGUUCAAAUUCUUGGUCUCAUGCAUCAAGCAUUCGACCGCCGGCAAGGUCGAUUUUGUUGCCGUUGCGAACGAGCUUCAGAUUGUCUCCAAGGCCGCCGCGGCUAAACGCUAUGAACGGCUCCUGAAGGCUCACGGCGUUGCCCCCGGAGGCGGCAACCGCGCCAACACCGCGGGCCCCAAAUCCGCCGGCACGUCGCCCGCCCCCAAGCGCGCUGCUGCCAAGAAGCGCAAGAUGGCAUCUGCCGACUCGGAUGACGACGAGGACGUCAAGCCGGAGGACCUUAGUUUCAAGAUUGAGACUGAGGCUAAGAAGCCGGCCAAGGCGACGGCCAAGACGACGGCCAAGAAGGAGAGCAAGGCCAAGAAGGAGAAGAUCGAGGUGGAGGUCUACCAUGACGGUUCGUCGAUACUAAAUACUAUCCCGGAAGCUCCUCCUCAAGUUGGCGAAAGCGGCGGCGAGGACGACCCUUGCCUACUCUGCACGACGGAGCAGGCAAACGGAUACGCGUCGGCCUUCGACAACGGCGGAGCCUCGAAACUGUCGAAUUCCAUCGCCGGGAUCCACUCGUUUGACUAUGCGGCUAACAUGAAUUUCCACCCACAGACGAUGAUGACAGCAUCUGAAGACCACAAGCCGGACUUUACCGGCUCUGCUUGGCUUCCAACCCCGGAGCCACAUCACUUUUAUUGGGGCAUGGUCCACCAUGAGUCUUCUGACAAUGGUCACCAACCAUAG